GCGGCUGAUGUGAAACUACGCCUUUACCAGACCUCCGGACAUGACUUCAUCACCAAGGUUAUUCGCCAAAUAUGUUGGUUGACAGUUUUUAAAUGGUUCCCGCUGGUAAGAAAAAACGGCGUCGCGGAAGAAACACUAGCUAGAACAACGGCAAGUUGAAUAGUAUGCUGGACGUGGGGAAGUGGCCAGUGUUUGCGCUCCUUCCUCCUGAGGAACUACGGCUUAUCCGGCAGGCUUGUGUCUUUGGCAGUGCUGCAAAUGAAGCCCUCUAUGUCACAGUUAACGAUGAGGUCUUUGCUUUAGGCACCAACUGCAGUGGCUGUUUAGGGCUCGGAGACCUUCAAAGCACUAUUGAGCCACGCAGGAUUGAUGUGUUGUGUGGAAAGAAGAUUGUGUCCCUGAGCUAUGGAACAGGACCACAUGUGGUUAUCGCUACUGCAGACGGAGAGGUGUUUGCCUGGGGCCACAAUGGCUACAGCCAACUGGGAAAUGGGACCACCAACCAUGGCCUGACCCCUGCUCUGGUGUCCACUAACCUCCUCAGCAAGAGAGUGACAGAAGUGGCCUGUGGCUCCCACCACACUAUCGCCCUUACAACCGAUGGAGAGGUGUAUGCGUGGGGCUACAACAACUCUGGCCAAGUAGGUUCAGGAUCUACUGCCAACCAGCCGACACCACGACGGGUCAGCAGCUGCCUGCAGAACAAAGUGGUGGUUAACAUAGCCUGCGGUCAGCUCUGCUCCAUGGCUGUACUGGACAACGGCGAGAUAUAUGGCUGGGGCUACAAUUGCAAUGGACAGCUAGGUUUGGGCAACAAUGGAAAUCAGCAGACGCCGUGUAGGAUCGCUGCCCUCCAGGGUGUCAACAUCGUCCAGGUUGCUUGUGGAUACGCGCAUACACUGGCAUUGACGGAUGAGGGGUUUGUUUACGCCUGGGGAGCAAACUCUUAUGGGCAGUUGGGAACAGGCAAUAAGAGUAACCAGGCUCUCCCCACCCUAAUAAACACAGACAAGGAAAGGAUGGUGGAGGUUGCUGCAUGUCACACCAGCCACACGUCAGCUGCCAAGACGCAGAGCGGGCAGGUUCUGAUGUGGGGUCAGUGUCGAGGUCAGGCCGUGGCGAGCCCCCAUCUUACCCAUUUCAGCAGCACAGACGAUGUGUUUGCCUGCUUCGCCACACCAGCAGUCACGUGGCACCUCCUCUCAGUAGACGGUGACGACUACCUGACAGUUGCUCAGUCUUUGAAAAAGGAGUUUGACAGUCCCGAGAUUUCAGACCUGAAGUUCUUGGUUGACGGGAAGUGCAUCCAUGUUCACAAAGCGCUGCUGAAAAUCAGGUGUGAGCAUUUCCGUGCGUUGCUGAAUGAAACGGACGAGGAUGCCAUAGAAAUCCACCAGUUCUCAUACCUGGUGUACAGAGCCUUUCUGGAGUAUCUCUACACCGACACGAUUAACCUGCCACCAGAGGAUGCUAUUGGGUUGCUAGACUUGGCGACGUUCUACCGAGAGACAAGGCUGAAGAGGCUGUGCCAGGAAACGAUCAAGAGGGGCAUUUCUGAAGAGAAUGCCAUCACUCUGCUCUCUGCUGCUGUCAAGUAUGAGGCCCGGGACCUGGAGGAGUUCUGCUUCAAGUUUUGUGUCAACCAUCUAACAGCUGUCACGCAGACGCAGGCCUUUGCAGACAUGGAUCAUGACCUGCUCAAGAACUUCAUUAGUAAAGCCAGUCGCUACGGGGCCUUCAAAAACUGACUAGAGUGCCGCCAGUAGUGACGGAUUCAACACGAUGAGGUUUAAGCUCACAGAGGAGUGUGUGCCCUCGACCAAAGUAAACACCCAGCAGCUCAGCACUUCAAAGACUUGUCUCUGAGGAUGUAAAUAGUGGCGAGGCAAGCGGGUUAAGGUUUCACCUACAAAGUGAUGCUGCUGCUGCUGCUGCAUUACUGCUCUAAACCUUGGCCCAAACACGGUGGUUUGCGUGGGGUGUAGAUGUUGGUUCACACCACCGGCCCGCAGAGGCUGAAGAGAAAGAUGUGCCACAGUGGUUGUGUGUCUGUUGUUUUUGUGUUACUGACAAUACGCUUGGCUGAUUCUGUGUCGGAUUCAUUUGAUGCAGCCAGUCAACACGCGGACGGUUGCAGGGAUUCCCCACACAGCUCAGCAGACAGGAUGCCUGAAAAUGCUGAAUGCUUUACAUAAUCUCUCGCAGUAUGAAGGUUUAGGGAGUUUUUUUUUUUUAAAUCACACCGCUAUUUAUUAGUCAGUAAAACAAAUUCUCAAUAUCAUUCUGUAGUACUGUACAUUAUGUCUGAUCAAUAUAGGCGGGAAGUGAUCAGCUACACACAAGUCAGCCAUCAAUCAACUCUUCACAUUGUGCUGCUUUUCUUUCAAGCCUUGAUUCUCAAACUUUCUGGAUUGAGAAGUCUUAUUUAAGUCUUCAGUUUUAGAAAACGUAUAUUUGACACCUUUUUAUGAUCGCUUAGUUUAUAUCCGGUCAAUGACAAUGUUUAUCUCGCGUAAGUCGCUGUUUUGCCACUUUGUUUUAUAUUGUAGUUAUGCUUUAGUUAUUCAUAUGCCAUCCAAACUCGCAGUUGCUGUUUGAUAUUUGUAUUGACUAACGUUUGCACUGUUUUGCUGUAGACAGUUGCUUUCGCCACCACGUAGGCAGACCAAUUAGAAAAAGGAUGCAGUCAGUUACACAUUUAUGGGAGAUAAGAGCAUUCGACUGCAUGCUAACUUGUGAUCAGAUUAACCCUCUUUGUGCAGCUGUACACUACGUUACACGAACACGUUGUUUCCCGUGUAUCCCGUCAGUGACGUUACACUGUAGAUGCAGCUGAUUUUACAGUUGCGUUUCAUUGUAAUUUGGUAUGUUUACAAAAGUUUGGUUGUUUUAUUGUUUUUUUUUUUUUUAUUGUUAACAUGUUGGCAGCAAACCUCUGGUUCUUUUUACGAGAGUUUCUUUAUAAGUCCCACCUGGUAGCACCUUGUGGUAAUGGAAUAGUUCUGGCUCAGUGUAAUUGCCAAGUCUCAUGUAGGACCACAGGGUCUUUAAAUGUAGUUACCAGAUAAUUCCAUCUUGAGUUCCUUAAUUAGUCUGACUAGAAUGUAACAACAUGUUAUUACUUUAACAAGCCAAUUAGUAUAUUUUUUUUGGAACAUUUUGAUAAUUACUAAAAUUGCCAGUGUGUUGUCAUUUUGUAUGAAAAUGCUGUGAGCUGCUUACAGUGACUCUAAUGGUUACAUUUGACAAUGUACUCUAUAUUAAAAUGAAUAACUACACGA